CAGCCUCUAUCCAGACAGUAUAAAUAUACUUGAAAACCAGCUGAAAAUAACCACUUCAGACACGAAGCUGCAAACAGCUGAUUUCUCUGUUAACUUCAACAGACUUCGUGAUAAUGGCUUGUUUGGUUGGACAAUGGCUUACGACAAAAGAUGCAACGGAGGAAACUCAGUUCAUUUGUGAUCAGGUGAAGGACCAAGUGCUGGCUCUCACAGGCAUGAACUAUGUGGCGUACACAGCAAUUCAAUACAGGAAUCAGAUUGUGGCUGGAGAAAACUUCCUCAUCAAGGUUGAUGUUGGAGAGGACUACAACCAUCUGAGUGUCCAACAUUUACCAAAGGUUUCUGGAGAUGAGUUUGUGCUGCGUGGUGUAGAGCAACACAGAGCCAAAGAGGAUCCCCUCCUGCCUUUCACAAAAUGAUCACACACCCUGUUUCAACACUAACAGGCUGCAGUUUCAUAUUGAAAUGCUCUGCUUCAAUGUAUUAGCAUUUACAGAUAAAGAUAUUUGGUCU